UGAAUCAAAUAAACAAACCCUAAUUUUCUUCUCGUUCGCACAAACAUCUAAUUCUAGGGUUUCUGCUACUGAAAAAAUGGGGAAAGGAACGGUAAGCUUUGGGAAGAGGAGGAACAAGACGCACACACUCUGUGUGCGUUGCGGACGCAGAAGCUUACACAUUCAGAAGAGUCGCUGCGGUGCUUGUGCUUAUCCAGCAAGCCGCAUCCGAAAAUACAAUUGGAGUGUGAAGGCUAUCCGAAGAAAAACGACGGGAACUGGUCGAAUGAGGUACCUUAGGAAUGUCCCCCGCAGGUUCAAGACAAACUUCAGAGAAGGUACUGAAGCAACCCCCAGAAACAAGUCUGUGGCUGCAGCCUCCUAAGAAUUUGAGGGGUGAUUUUUACAUGUUUUUGUUUUGAUAGAGUUCUAGAAGUAACGAUAUUUAAGCCAUUACUUAGUGAGUUAUAUUGGCAUAAUAUCAAGUGUUUUG